GCGCGCAGGCGCGAGCUGUCCGCCUCGCUCUGAGUCGGCUUGGGAAGUGCGCACGCGCAGGUUUCUGGCCGAAAGCAGGCGAGCCUGGGCCGGCGCGGGGCCUUGUGGGAGGGCUUAAGGAAGUAAAAUGGCGGACCUGGCGAACGAAGAAAAGCCUGCCAUUGCUCCACCUGUCUUUGUGUUUCAGAAGGAUAAAGGACAAAAGUCCUCUGCAGAGCAAAAAGACUUGUCGGAUUCGGGAGAGGAACCUCAGGGGGAGGCUGAGGCCCCCCACCAUGGCACAGGUCACCCCGAGUCAGCUGGUGAGCAUGCCCUAGAGCCUCCUGCCCCCGCUAGCGCUUCAGCCAGCGCUCCUGAAGCCCAGCUUCCUCCUUUUCCGCAAGAACUGGCAGGGAGGUCAGCGGGAGGCUCCAGCCCCGAAGGUGGAGAAGAUUCUGACCGAGAAGAUGGAAGUUACUGCCCUCCCGUCAAACGAGAAAGGACGUCCUCUUUAACCCAGUUCCCGCCUUCGCAGUCAGUAUCAAAAAACAAUGUUUUUAUGCCAUCAACCUUCUGCGAGCCAUCUGCAGGCAAUUCUGACUCAGAACCAGAGGAAAAGAGCAGUGGGUUCCGGUUAAAGCCACCAACGCUAAUCCACGGCCAGGCACCUAGCGCAGGUCUGCCCAGCCAGAAGCCCAAGGAGCAGCAGCGGAGCGUGCUUCGCCCAGCCGUGUUACAAGCGCCACAGCCAAAAGCACUCUCGCAGACAGUCCCAAGCAGUGGCACCAACGGGCUCAGUGUCCCAGCAGACUGUGCAGGGGCCACGACCUCGACAUUGCCCGACAGCCCCGCACGGAGAAGGACCUCCGAUGAGGCACCAGCACCUGAGGAGAAAGAGCUCCAGAAAACCGAGUCUAGUAACACUUCUGAGGAGGACAGCUGUGAGGAAAAAGAGCCGGUCCCGCAGCAGGCGUUUGUGUUCGGGCAGAACUUAAGGGACAGAGUCAAGUUAAUCAGCGAGAACACCGAAGCAGCUGACGUGGAGAACGCCGGACACCCCAGUUCAGAAACGCCGCCCGCGACCAACUACUUCCUCCAGUACAUCAGCUCCAGUCUAGAGAACUCGACCAGUAAUGCCGACGCCCCCAGCAACAAGUUCGUGUUUGGCCAGAACAUGAGCGAGCGCGUGCUGAGCCCACCCAAGUUAAACGAGGUCAGCUCAGACGCCAAUAGGGAAAACUCAGCUGCUGAGUCCGGGUCCGAGUCCUCGUCCCAGGAGGCCACCCCUGAGAAAGCUAAUGACAUUGCAGAGUCCCUGGCCGAAUCAGCAGCUGCCUACACCAAGGCAACAGCACGGAAGUGUUUGUUGGAAAAAGUGGAAGUCAUCACCGGGGAGGAGGCGGAGAGCAACGUGUUACAGAUCCAGUGUAAGCUGUUUGUCUUUGACAAGACCUCACAGUCGUGGGUGGAGAGAGGCCGGGGGCUGCUCAGACUCAACGACAUGGCGUCGACUGACGACGGGACAUUACAGUCCCGACUAGUGAUGCGGACCCAGGGCAGUCUGCGGCUGAUCCUCAACACCAAGCUGUGGGCCCAGAUGCAGAUCGACAAGGCCAGUGAGAAAAGCAUCCGCAUCACGGCCAUGGACACUGAGGACCAGGGCGUGAAGGUCUUCCUGAUAUCGGCCAGUUCCAAGGACACGGGCCAGCUGUAUGCGGCCCUGCACCACCGCAUCUUGGCCCUGCGCAGCCGCGUGGAGCAGGAACAGGAGGCCAAGACGCCUGCCCCCGAGCCUGGGGCAGCCCCGUCCAACGAGGACUACAGCGAUGACGACGACGUCCUGGCUCCAUCAGGGGCCGCCGCGGGCGGCGCUGGCGACGAAGGGGACGGGCAGACAGCCGGGAGCACAUAGCGCCGGGAGCCGGCUGCCCGCGAGCCUGCUGCUUUGUCCGUCUGUCCGCCCACCCACCCGCCCUCCCCGGCAGUGUCGAGGCUCCGGGCUCGGGAACCACACUCCCCCGCUGGGUUGGCCGCAGUCCGGAUCCACACGGCCCGUUCAGAAGCAGACUCGGGAACUGCUUGAAUGUGGUUUGGGACACGAGACCUCAUCAUAUUGAUGAGCAAAACAAAAAGAACAUUUCUUUCCUCUCCCCUUUGAAUUGAAAUGGCACAUUAAGACUUGUCACGGCUUCUCACUGGGACUGGGACGCCUGGUUUCUUCACCCCUCCGUCCUCAUGUCGCCGACCACCGCUGCCGCUGCCCCCCGCCCCAUGGCGCUGCCCCCCUGUGGGUUCCCACCGUCUCCCCAGGCCACCAGGUCUGUCCCCAUGAGUGUACACACUGGGCCUGCUGGACGUUCUGCUAACUGCUAUCUUUGUCCCCCGUUUCCCACACUCUGACUCGGGGUGUGCGCUUUUAGGUUGUUUUCUUCCCAAGGCUUUGUCUUUGUUUCCUGAGGCUGAGACACUCCUGUGUGCUGAGCAGGCACAGGUCCAGCGUCCUCAUUUUCCCUGUGGGCCUGGCCGCUGUGCCGAGGCCUUACUGGAGGGCUGGGGGUGCUCCAAGGGCCACUGGGGGCAGGCCCCCACUUGCUCCCUACCUGGGGUUUCUAGGGCCGAGUCAUGGGGUGUUGAGGGGUGGGCCCCAUGCCUGGGGAGAGCUUAUCUAGAAAAGGGUCACUGGACGUGGGAGGGUCCCUAUUGCCCUUCUGCUUGUCCCUGUCACAUGGGUCAUCUGUCUUCAGGCACCCAGGUGCAAACCUGUUGGCAAUUCCUUGCCCAGUCCUGAACGUCACCGUCCCCUGAGACCAUCCAGGGCAGGGGCCUCCGUGAGAGGCAGAGGGAGAGCUUAGCGGGGACUUGAAGGAGGGGGCAGGGGACUGGUUCCAGACAACAGGUCAUCCCAAAACUCGCAGCACGCACAGGAGCAGGCGCCGUGCCCACCCCACCCCAGAGCAGGGUCAAGGGCCGUCCCACCUGCAAAGGAGGUCCCUGUACCAGGGCUCGAGGGGUCGAGGAGAUGCCCAGCCCCACCCUCGCAGGGGAGGACAAGGCCUGGUCUUCGCAGCUGUGCCGCGCAGCCCGAGCCUGAGCCGCGGGAAGACACCAGAGGCCCCGGCAGAUCGGUCAUACUUCUCUGCUUUACGCCUUAGCCAACUAGUGACAAGUAAAACCCGAUAAUGCCCAUGUGUUUUGGAACAUUUAUGUAAGAUUGUCAUAUGAAAUGUAUUUGGGAACUACAUUAAAACUUUUAACUAAA